UGUUCUGCUUUUGUUAUGGCUAAGGAAUAGUUAACAUGUUUUUCCUUUAUCAUCUCUGAUUAUUAAUGUUUUUUUUUCUUUCGGAUUCUUGCAGGGAAGAAGCAAAUUAUGAAGAAGAGGAGUAUGUUGAGGAAGAAGAGGAAGUUAUAGAGGAAGAAGAAGAACCUGAGCCAGAGCCAGGGCCACCAAAACCUGCUCCUCCUCCUGUUGUAGCUCCACCUCCGCUCCGAAGAAAGUCAUCGGCAAACUAUCGCUCCUAUGCUACUGAACCACAUAUCAAGCGAAAACCAAAGAUCACUGCAUCUCGAAAACUGCAGCUGAAGAGUCUGAUGCUGCAGAUUGCUAAGAGUGAGAUGGAACGUGAGGAAGAAGAGAGGGCCCAGGAGAAGGAGAGGUCCUUGUCUGAACGCUGCGAGCCUCUACAACUAUCUGGAUUGUCUCGUUCUGAGCUGGAGGAUCUGUGCAGAGAACUCCAUGCAAAGAUUGAUGUUGUGGAUGAGCAAAGAUAUGACAUGGAAGCUAAAGUCAACAAAAACAUUACUGAGAUUAAGGACUUGACUCAAAAGAUUUUUGAUUUGCGUGGAAAGUUCAAACGCCCGACACUGAGAAGAGUACGCAUAUCAGCCGACGCCAUGAUGCGGGCACUCCUGGGUACUAAGCACAAAGCUGCCAUGGACCUAAGAGCAAGUCUCAAGCAAGUCAAGCAAGUCAAAAAAGAUGAUGCAGAUAAAGAAAUACGUGAAGUUGGAGACUGGCGAAAGAACGUCGAUGCUCUUAGUGGAAUGGAAGGAAGGAAAAAGAAAUUUGAAUCCUCUGGUGCAGCUCAGAUUUAAGAAGGUCAAAAGUAACACAAACUGGAAAUUGUUUCACUGGCCAAGAUCCCUCAUUCCUUUGUGUCAAGUUUUUUGUAGUAUUUUAUGCAUGUGAUGAGGCAAUAGUCAGGCUACAUCUACAAGUCCUCUCUGAUUUGUAUUACUCAUUGCAAAUAAAAAUUCAUGAUAUGUAAAAAUGUAGUAUAUAAGGUUGCAGUUGUGUUAUACUCAUACCAUUGAGUGGAAGCAAUUUUCAUGGAUGGCUUUGGUUUCAUUGGGGAGAGAU